AUGAAGACGCGCUCGAAGGCUCGCAGGACGAAUGAGCCCUCGUUCCUCGAGAUAGAGCCCAAAGCAGGCUUCGCGCUGCGCGGACAGCGGAAGCUGCACUUCGUCACCGGCCUCUUCGAUACCAUCGCCCGGACAUACGACCUUUUAAACAUCUUCAUCUCGCUCGGCAUGACCUCCGUGUGGCGCUGGCUCGCGCUCUCGGCGCUGCGGAAGCGCGUCGUCCCGCAAUCCUGCGACGACCGCCACGUCUCCGCGCGACCAGGGCGAGUGCGGCGCCAGCGGUGCGACGACUCCGACGACGAGGAGUGCGCGCUCUCGCGCUCGCACAUCCGCGUCCUGGACGUCGGGUGCGGCACCGGCGCCAGCACGCGCGCCGCCGCCCGCCGAAUGCGGGCAUGUGCAGCGAUCCGGGGCUUCAAGCUGCACGUCGAGGGCCUCGACUGCAGCCCGGAGAUGCUGCGGAUCGCGGGGGAGACGAAGGACGACGCGUGCUGCACGUACACGCGCGGCGACGCGGAGAACCUGCCGUACCGCGACGGCGUGUUCGAUGCCGUCCUCUCUGUGUACACGCUGCGCAAUUUCGGAACGAUCGCCAUCGCGCUCAAGGAAAUGGUCAGGGUGACGCGGUCCGGGGGCAGCGUCCUGCUGCUGGACGCGUUCGUGCCCCGGAACGUCGUUGUGCGCGCGUUGCUGCGCGUGUGGAUGCGGGGCAUCGUGCCGGCAAUCGCGGGGCUGCUGUCGCACUCACGGGCGUACGAGUACCUCGCAGAGAGCAUUCAGGGGUCGACGCCCGCCGCGGACGUCGCGGCGAUGCUGCGCAAGCUCGGGUGUGUGGACGUGCAGGUCGUUGACAUGAUGUUCGGGUCUGCCGCAUACAUUGUCGCAACAAAGCAGUAA